GUGACGCGUCGCGAAAGAGAUACAGCAGCAGAAAAUUUUACUGCUCAUGUUAUUUGUGAUUUUAUACAGAAAACACUUAUAAAAAAAUAUUUAAAUGUCUAUUAAAGUAUUUUAAAGUUAAAUACACCAAGUAUUUGCACAAAAUUAUAUAAAUUUAUAUUUAAUUCGCACAAAAAAUCUGUAUAUAAGUGCAGCGGAAACUUCUGCACUAGCAUUUUUCUUUAUCUACGUUUGAGUUGAGUUAUUUUUUGUUUAAUAUUUCUUUAUACCUAAAAUUACAAGUGUGUGCAACAGCAGCGGCGGCAGCAGCAAUAGCAAUAGCAACAACAACACAAAGAACAAGCACGAAUAGGAGCGAGCACGAAGAAAAUAAAAAGGUGAAAUUUUCUACAAUAGAAGCAAGCAAAAGAAAAACGCGUUUACAAAGCUCAACUGCGAACAACAAUUAAAUAAAGUAGAAGCACCGCACCGGCUAUACGGCUAUACGACAGCAUUUACGCAUCAAACAUACAUUUGAGUAAUUUUUGAUAUAUUUUAAUAUAUUUUUUUUUUAUUAAUAUACACAUAAGUAUCGCAACUCGACGACGUUCAAGCAGCAGGAACAAAGUGCAAGUUCAAGUAAAACUAUCAAUUAAUAUAUAAAAAAAAAAAAAAAGAUUUUGAUAAAUGUAAAAGGCUGAACAAAAGCAAAACUACGUACGUAAAAAUUCCAUUUUAAAUAUUUUAUUUAAACGAACUUAGAGUAAAACUGAAAAGAGAGUAACGCUUGGUGAAUUAUACAAAACUAACCAAAAAGCAGCAAAGUAAAAAGCAAAGUGAUAACACGCCUAGUUUAAGGGCAUACAAAGUCUUCAAUCAACUAAAUAUUUAAUAUUAUAAACAAAAAAUCGAAAUCGAAAUCAAAAAAGAAACGCUUAAAACUUAGUUUAAAACUAAACGCCCUUAAAGAGGCCAAAAAAGUUGAAGCAGUUAAGCAACAAACAAAAAAAAGCAAAAAAAAAAGUAAAGUAAAGUAAAGAAAGUAAAAUGCGUGAAUAUAAAAUCGUUGUAUUAGGCAGUGGCGGUGUUGGUAAAUCGGCGCUGACCGUCCAAUUCGUACAGUGUAUAUUCGUCGAGAAAUAUGAUCCUACAAUCGAGGACAGUUAUCGCAAGCAGGUGGAGGUUGAUGGUCAGCAGUGUAUGCUCGAGAUCUUAGAUACGGCCGGUACAGAGCAAUUCACCGCCAUGCGCGAUCUCUACAUGAAGAAUGGGCAAGGUUUCGUGCUUGUCUAUUCCAUAACCGCACAAUCAACAUUUAAUGAUUUACAGGAUUUACGCGAACAAAUUCUACGGGUUAAGGAUACAGAGGAUGUGCCAAUGGUACUAGUGGGUAACAAAUGCGACUUAGAGGAUGAACGUGUAGUCGGUAAGGAGUUAGGCAAAAGUUUGGCUAAUCAAUUUAACUGCGCCUUCAUGGAAACAUCUGCCAAAGCAAAAGUAAAUGUUAAUGAUAUUUUCUAUGAUCUUGUUAGACAAAUUAAUAAAAAAUCGCCAGAGAAAAAGCAGAAAAAACCGAAGAAAUCCCUAUGUGUUCUACUAUAAGACUACAUUUUAUAUUUCCUCACAUAUAUAUUUUUUUAAUUAUACCAAGAUUUUUGCUUUUCUUAUCAAACACAACAAAAAAAAACAAAAACAAAAACAAAAAUAAAAUAACAAAUGUUGUAAUUUGUGUAAACCUGAAAUCCACAAAUUUUACGCAAAACCCAUAUUGUAUACAUUAUUCUAAGCAAAUAGGAAGCCGAAGAAGAGGUGUUCAUUUAAAUACUAAAUACUGAUAUAUACAGAUAUAUAUACACAUAUAUAUAUAUAUAUAUAGAGAGAGAAGAGUAGUAAAGUGCGGUACUACAAGACUCCAUAAACACAUGUUAGACUCUAAUCAUUCCUACAUUUUUGUAUGUCAAUAAAAAUAUAGAUAAAAGUAGUAAAUAUUUUUAACAAUUUUUAUUCCAAUAAUAUAGUCUGAUAAAAAUAUUACUAAACAUAAUUCUCACAAAAAAUAUAGUUCGAAAUAUAAACAUAGAUGCUGCAUACAAAAGGCUUGAACUUGAAGUAAAAAAUCCUAAACUCAUCCAUAAAUGUUUAACAGUGAAAAAUAUUUCAAAUAACUAAAACAGAGUGAGAUUUUUAACUCAAUUUUCAACAGUAAAAAUAGUAAAAAUUAAAACUUUUAUACUUUAAAAUUAUUUCCAACUUAAAAAAAAUUAAAUAAUAUUUUCAACUUAAAAAAAUAAAAUUUAUAUUUUAAAAAUCUCUUUCCACAUAAAAGAUAAAAUUUAUAACUUAAAAAUUAUUUUCAAAAUUAAUUACUUUUAAAGUUUAAAUGAUCACCUCUUUAAUCUCAACGCUUCAGAUUUUGUAUAGGAAAUUAAUUAUAAAAACAAAAAAAAAACUUUAUAUAUAUAUGUUAAAUUUUCC